AGAUUGAGAGGCAUUCUGAACAGGAGCUUGUGUUAAUGACAAUUUUAUGUCAAACCUUUUAUCAAUUUGUAGUCAGUGACUGAAGAGCGUUCAAUAUUGGAGUUGUUUGUGAAAACGCUAAUACCACAAAUGUUGCGAUAAAAAAUAAAAAAGGAAUAUAAAAUUCAAUAAAACAACAAGAAAUUUAUAAAAUGGUGCAAAUUAAAGUGGUCAAAGCUCAUAAUGACAGUGUGAACAGCUGUGAAUACUUCGAUAAUGACCAGAAGAUUCUGACUGGCUCCAGUGACAGGACAGUGAAGCUAUUUAAUGUUGAAGAUGGACUCUGUCUACAGACCUACAAGACCAAACAUAAAGACAUCAUCACAGAGGCUAGAGGCUCAAAGGACAGAACCAAGUUUGUUACUAGUAGUUUUGACAAGACAGUGAAAUACUUUGAUGCAGACACUGGGAAUGUAGUGUGGACAGGGACCCAUGGAGGCAUGGUGAUGUGUUGUAAGUUGUCCAAUGACGGGGCCCUGGUGGCAUCAGGCUCCGAUCUUGAUAACUGCCUACAGAUACGGGAUGCCAGGACGGGCAAAAUGGUGCAUAAUAUACAUGAUAUGCAUACAAGCACAAUAACCAGUGUGUUAUUUUCACCUGGGGAUGACAAAAUCAUGACCACUUCAAUGGAUAGAACUACAAAAUUCUUCGAUCUCAAAACAAAGAAAGUCACAAUCCAUUUAGAGGGCCACAUAAACAUUAUAUCAUGCUGUGAUAUCACCCAAGACGAGCGUAGGUUUGCAACGGGGUCCUGGGACAAGACCAUGUGUAUAUGGGACAUAGCCACAGGCACAUACAGAUCUAAAGGGCCUGCCCGUCUACAGUCAGCACAUGAGGGGUCUAUUAACUGCUGCAAGUUUAGUCCAGAUGGUCUGAUGUUGGUGUCGGGAGCCUUUGAUAGUACACUGGUUGUCUGGGAUGUAGAAAACGAGAUACAGAAGAUCAAAUUACAGGGUCAUUCUGGCUGGGUAGAAGAUGUGUGUUUCAGUCAGGAUCAGAGAUGGCUCAUGUCAUGUGCCAGGGAUCAUACCGUACGCCUUUGGAAUAUUGAGGACUCUGACAAGAUUCCCAUUGUACUGGAAAAGAAGAGAGCCAUUGGAGUUAAAAUAAUGAAGUGUGAAAGUUGUGGUAAGCCCUUCUCCAUGGCACAGCUGGAAGACUACCAGGACUUAACGAAAUGUGUCUUCUGUCGAGUGCACACCUCUGAUCUCUAUCUAGAGAAAUCACGCACCACCCUCACUGAUAACUCUCUGAAUGACAAUGAAACAUGAACUUGCUGUUGAUUAACCCAAAACAGUUCAGGUGACUUAACUGUGAUAAAGUGCUUAUUUGUUGAGGCAAAAAAUAAAAAUUGAUUUUUUUCCGAUUUUACUUCUUAAAAGUACAGGGUAGGUAAAUUGGAAUUUUGAAGAUCUUUUAUAUAUUAAUUUACCAUGUACACGUGUCUUUCUUGUGUUAAAGAACUCAUUUAUCCAGAAAAAAACCAGUUAUAAUGGCAAUGGAAAAAAGGGAGUCAUGCCAAAAUAAAUAGUAGGUAGGUGGGAAACCAGAAACAAACAAUUUAUUUGUUAUGCCUUAUUUGUUUAUUGUUUGAUCGUUGCUAUAUAUUAAAGGUAUGCAUGGUGAAAGUGUUUUUGUUACAGUUUGUUUUAAAGCCCUCUGAAACUGAAGCUUAUUUCAUAACUGUUAAAUUUCUGUGCAUGAUUUAAAUAUAAACUACCCAGGUAUGGUGACUAUGGGCAGAAAUUCAGUAUUACAAACUGUGUUUUUAUUCUGUAUCACACAGAAGCCUUGUUCGCAUGCUUAAAUCUACUUUUACAAUACUACGCGAAAUAAUGGUUUGUUUGUCGUUCCCAAGAAAACUAUUUUUUAAUAGGUACAUUAAAGGGGCUAGACACAGGAUGGUCCCAAUACAGGCAAAUACAGUAUUUCCACCAAAUUAGCCUAGAGUUGUCAAUAGGAGCUAGUUUUAGGCCAAAAAUAUGUCAUUAUACUUGUCUUAAAUAAUUUUUGUUACUGUCUCAGCUGAGUUAACCUAUUUACAAAUAGAGCAUAAUGGUUUCUCAGUUUAUAGUGUGUGUAUUUAGCAUGUGAUAGUCGCAUGAGUUGUACAGAUACAUAUACCUACUUUUAAAGUAACUGGAAUGUACAUGGUAGACACACCAAGUAAAUUUUCAAAUUGGAAAGAUGCACAAAAACUGUGAAAGAUACAUGUGCCAUUAGUGAUGUGAUACAUCAGUAAGAUUCCAUGCUUUGUACAUUCCAUAACAAUUUUAUGACAGUUUUUGGCAAUUUCUUUUGCAAUUGUAUCAUCUGGUGUCUAGUCCCUUUAAAGGUAUGAAAUAAAAUAAAUACUAUGUUUAUAGUCUGUUGACCUGUGGGGUUUAAUCAUUUCUCAUUGGCUGCACAAACGUACACCCACCUUUGGUCUUCUGUAAUAUGGCGUUGAUGCAAGCAACUCGAAGUGAUACAACCAAGCAGAUCAAUCAACUUACAAAAGAUUCCCUAUAUCUCUCAACUAUUGACCACAUCAAUGUUGGUUAUGUAUGUUUUUCAGUUGAUAAUGUCUGAAAUAAAAGAAAAGAAAGAUGUUUUUAGUUGACUGAUAGGAUAGUUUAAAUUUAUAUAUUAUUAUAUCAAGAAAACAGUCUGAUUAAUUUUCAUUAAAAUCAAACCUAGAACUGUCCUAAAAUAUUUGUUCCUGGGGAUUUUUAAUAGUAUUUUUUAGUGAAAUUUUAUUAAGACCAUCACUGCAAUGUUUAAAAUAUGUGGUGCUAAUGUGAUUGGAAUUUCUUUCGUACCCACGAAGGAUUUCAUUUAUUAUUUUUGGUAAGUUUUGAGAAUGUAACUGGGGCCAGUAUUUUACAAUUCUUAUCCUUAUCUUUAGACAUAACUAGUGAUUCCAUUCAGUCGAUUGACGAAUAAAUAGUCGCUUGACCAUGUAAAUAAUAAAGUCCAAUAAAAACACUCCUCCGAUUCUGCUCUUGAAUUUAAGUUCACUCUUAGUUGAAUUUUGAAUACGG